UUUAUGAACACUUCAAUAAUCUGUUUCUCCAACCUUCUUCGAAAUAAAAAACCAAUCUUUAACUUUAAAAUAUUCACUUUAGCAGAAAAUUUCAUCUUUUUCUGGCUGUUUUAUGUUUGUGGUGGGAGAUUAUUCAAAUAAAAUUUGUUUUCCCCUUAUUUUUGAGUCUGUCACACGUUCAAUUGUGAGUGUGUGCAAAAAAUAUAGAGAGGUCUUGAAUUGGAUACGCCAAAUCACGCCAGCGAGGCAUUGAUUUUGGUUUCAAUUUUGCAUCUUUAUUUAACCCAAGGAAGAGGGGAAUACACAUCCUUCGUCUAGCUGCUUGCUUCGCCACCGCAUUGCCGCCGGCCGGGGAGAGUUGGGCUCGCAUUGCCGGAGGAGAUGGUCGAUCUCACCCUUCUGGGCUCCCUUCUGCUUGCCAUUUUGGGGGGUUUCCUCUUUUUCCGCAAUGGGUUCUUGAAAAAGAUCGAGGAGAGUAAGGGAGACACUGCCGCCGCCGCCACCGUCGUCGACGAGAGGGAAUGCAGAUCGAGGGACGGCGGCGAUGACAUCAUCAUUGUGGGUGCCGGAGUUGCCGGCGCCGCCCUUGCUUAUACCCUCGGAAAGGAUGGUAGAAGGGUUAGGGUGAUUGAGAGAGACUUGACUGAGCCUGACAGGAUUGUGGGAGAACUCUUGCAACCAGGUGGAUAUCUCAAGCUCAUUGAGUUAGAACUCCAAGAUUGUGUGGAUGAAAUCGAUGCUCAGAGGGUAUUCGGUUAUGCUCUUUUCAAGGAUGGGAAAGCGACUCGGCUGUCCUACCCUCUGGAGAAGUUUCACUCUGAUGUAUCCGGACGGAGCUUCCAUAACGGACGCUUCAUACAGAGGAUGCGCGAGAAAGCUGCUUCGCUUCCCAAUGUCACACUAGAGCAAGGAACUGUGACAUCUCUCCUCGAAGAGAAGGGGGCUAUAACGGGGGUACAGUACAGAACAAAAUCGGGCGAGGAGACGAAAGCUUAUGCGCCUCUGACAGUCGUCUGUGAUGGAUGCUUUUCCAACUUGCGACGCUCUCUUUGCACUCCUAAAGUGGACGUCCCCUCCUGUUUCGUGGGAUUGGUCCUCGAGAAGUGCGACCUCCCCUUUGCGAACCAUGGGCAUGUCAUCUUGGCAGACCCUUCACCCAUCUUGUUUUACCCCAUCAGUAGCACUGAAAUCCGAUGCCUGGUCGACGUUCCGGGUGAGAAGGUGCCGUCCAUAUCGAACGGUGAUCUGGCCAAGUAUUUGAAGACUGUCAUUGCUCCCCAAGUCCCGCCCGAGCUGCACGGUGCGUUCCUCUCGGCUAUCGAGAGAGGAAACAUGAGGACAAUGCCGAACAGAAGCAUGCCUGCUGCUCCUCAUCCGACCCCGGGAGCUCUGCUCAUGGGGGACGCGUUCAACAUGCGCCACCCCUUGACCGGAGGAGGGAUGACUGUUGCAUUAUCAGAUAUAGUCGUCUUGCGCAACCUCCUUAGGCCGUUGAAAGACCUAAACGACGCUCCCACUCUCUGCAAGUACCUCGAAUCUUUCUACACCUUGCGCAAGCCUGUGGCAUCGACCAUCAACACGUUGGCAGGCGCCCUAUACAAGGUCUUUAGUGCCUCACCGGAUCAAGCAAGGAACGAGAUGCGCCAGGCAUGCUUCGACUAUCUGAGCCUCGGAGGGGUGUUCUCGAGUGGGCCAGUGUCUCUCCUCUCUGGCUUGAACCCACGGCCGCUCAGCCUCGUCUGCCAUUUCUUUGCAGUGGCGAUAUAUGGCGUUGGCCGGCUGCUGCUUCCGUUCCCCUCCCCGAAACGGAUGUGGAUCGGGGCCAGAUUGAUAUCAAGUGCGUCGGCGAUAAUCUUUCCGAUCAUCAAGGCAGAGGGCGUCCGGCAGAUGUUCUUUCCGGCCACCGUUCCUGCAUACUACAGAGCUCCUCCUGUUAAGUAAUGGUCAUUUUGUAGCCAACACUGCAAUUUGAUGUCAAAAUUUGUUUGUUGUUUAAGCUGACUUGUGGUUGAGAAAUUUGAAGUUAAUUGCCUUGUGUAAAUACAAUCUUUCCUUCUCACAAGUAGUAUUUAAUUUCUUUCACAAA